AUAUCAACUGCUGUUCCAGAAGUGAAAACAGAAGUUUCUCGUGUGACAACAGAAGUUUCUUAUUUAACAACAGAAGUUCCUCUUGUGACAAAAGAGCCUCCUUAUGUGACAACAAAAGGUCCUGAAUUUGCUACAGAAGUCCCUCGUGAGUUAACAGAAGUUCCUUAUGUGACAACCGAAGAUCCUGAAUUAGCUACAAAUGUCCCUCAUGUGAUAACAGAAGUUCCUCAUACGAUAACAGAAGUUACUGAUGUGGUAACUGAAGUUCCUCAUGUGAUAACAGAAGCUCCUCAUGUGGUAACAGAAGUUCCUCACGUGAUUACAGAAGUUCCUCGUGUGACAACAGAAGCCCCUGAAGGGACAAGCAAAGUACCUGGAGGGACAACAAAAGCUCCUAGUGUGGCAACAAAAAUUACGAAUGUGACAACAAAAGUGUCAACUGCUGCUCCUGAUUGGACAACCAAAGCUUCUGAAGUAACAACAGAACCCCUUGAAGUAACAACUCCUUCUCCUGAAGCGACAACAAAAGUAUCAACUGCUUCUUCUAAAGCGACAACAAAAGCUCCUGAAGUGAUAACAGAAUCUCCAACCGCAGUACCAGAUGGAAAGACAAAUCCUGCAACUGAUGUCCCCGUUGAGACAAGUUGUGACUCAAAUUGCAUUUUUCCUAAAGCGUCAACAAAUCAAGCUACUAUGGAGAAUACUACAAUAACACCUACUAACAUGAUGAAACAAGUACUUUUCCGUUGGUAUUUCACAUUAAGGAACCGUCAUGCUAAAAUCAUCAGUAUUGCAAUCAUCAUUCCUGCUAAGGGCUUGGCUAAUCCAAUAAUAUAUGUAUCGGUUGGUGGAGAAUAUACAUUUAAUAUGACAGAUGAUUGCAUGUCAACAGCAUUCAUUACGGCAUACGACAAGGAAAGUCGAAAGACACUCGCGAUAAACGGCGGCACACUUUUAAAGGAAUGUAACAAACUCAAUACAAUCAACAACAUUUACUAUAUUCCGUCUGACUCAGAUACAAGUUCUACGGAACAUGAUGCAACUAAACCAGACCAGUUAGAACCAAUAAAUAUUGACCACGACAACGCAACGCCCUCUACAAGACCAAAAACCUUCAAAGUUCCAGUUGUGUUGAAAACUGGUUUAGUGAGAUACACUACAAUGAAGAUAACAACGAGGCAAGCAGACCUGGAUGCAAAGAUUCCAGGAAGUGUUGCAGGUUUCGUUCUUCUUUUUGCUCUCGGGCUGGUUGUUUACCUGCUUCUGCGAAGACGAUCCCACAAUAGACCAAAAGAGGAAUCCAUGACGCCUGAAAAGGAACAUUUAAAAGAAAACGAUGUGGAAACCAUAGAACUCAUGCGUUUAGAAAGAAGUGCCG